GCCGGCGGUGAGUGCGUGGGGCCGGGCGCGCGGCGGCGCCUGAGGGGAGGCCGCGGGUUGAUCAACUCCAAAAUGUUAUCUCAAAAUCUGUGCCAAGUUUGCAAAUGUUUGUUUCUGUGUAACAUGAAACUGAAUUCAGUAAAUGUGGCUGGUUUGGCCAGAAGGAUCCAUUCUUCAUCAAAAAAGCUUUCUGACUCUGAGUCAAAGGAGCAAACUGUCCAGAAAUGUGAAACUGAAGAGUUGCCUCAAAGUACAGAAAACAAUAAUUUUGGAAGAUUGCACAUACCAGUGAUGCUGGAGGAGGUUAUUAAUUGUUUAUCCCCUCAGCCAGGUCAGCUCUUCCUGGAUAUGACAUUUGGAGCUGGAGGUCACACAACUGCUCUCCUGGAGAAAGCCAGUGGCAUCACUGUGUAUGCCCUGGACAGGGAUCCCACAGCUCAUAAAAUAGCCCAGCAGCUUGCAGAAACCUACCCGAAACAGGUUCAUCCUCUUCUAGGAAAGUUCAGCCAGUCAGAGGCUUUGUUAAUCUCCUCUGGGGUUGAGCCAGGGACUCUGGAUGGUGUUCUCCUGGAUGCUGGCUGCUCUUCCAUGCAGCUUGAUACACCUGAGAGAGGCUUUUCCCUGCAGAAGGAUGGGCCUUUGGACAUGAGGAUGGAUGGUGACAGGUACCCCGAGAUGCCCACGGCUGCGGAUGCUGUGAACGCCCUGCAGCGGCAGGCACUGGCAGCCGUGCUCAGCGCCUACGGCGAGGAGCGGCGCGCCCGCAGCAUCGCCGCCGCCAUCGCCCGCGCCCGCAGCGUCUGCCCCAUCACCAGGACCCAGCAGCUGGCAAGCAUUGUGGCAGGUGCUUUUCCAGCAUCGGCUCUCUACGCACGCAGGGAUUUGCUUCAGAGACCCGCACACGUGGCCACCAAAACUUUCCAAGGGCUGAGAAUCUUUGUGAAUGAUGAGCUCCAUGAGCUGCUGCUGGGGCUGAAGACAGCUGAGAGGUUUCUGAAGCCUGGGGGGCGCCUGGUGGCCCUGUCCUUCCAUUCCCUGGAGGAUCGGAUCAUCAAGCGCUUCCUGCACGGGAUCGACAUGGCAGAAAAGCACAACCUUGGCUCAAAGCAGAGGAUAAGGCAGGCUCUGAAGAAAUCCUCCAGAGGAGAUGCACAAGAAUCUCCCCGUGGAAAACCCAGCUCCAAGUGGAUCUUUAUACAGAAAAAAGUUCUCACGCCCCAGGCCGAGGAUGUUCAAGCAAACCCAAGGGGAAGGUCGGCCAAGCUAAGAGCUGCCAUUAAACUCUAAACCAAAAUAUAUUAUCACAUGAUUUUAUCAUUUCCUUGCAUUCUGUUUUCCAGAAUGCUAACUGGACAGAUAGUAUCAAACUGGAAAAAUAAAAUGGAGUCUUGUAGAAAACAUUUAUUUCUUACCUUUGUGCUUCUGAUUAGGAAGUGGCAUAGAGCAUGAAAAUGCAAAAUAAAUGCUUAUAAGUGGGUGUCACUAAUUAUACAAAAAAGACAUCUUUUUUUUUUAAAAGAGCAUCAAAUACCAAGUUUAUACAAAUUGCAGGUUUGAUGUAUUUGUAGUAUUCCCUUUAGAUUAAUUUCAAAAUCCUGACAUUAAAUUCAGUAGCUAGCUGGGACAUAUUUUUAUGGGGGUGGAUUUCACACACCUGAUUUUGUCUGGUUUAGUCUAGAGUAAGUUCAAACUAACCUAACAAUUCCUGAUAUGUAUGUGUCUAACUUGUUGCAUGAAUGCUUAUGGGACAAGAUCUAAUUCUUAAAUAAAGUGACAUCUAUCCA